AUUGCUGGAGGGGUUGUCCCCCCCCACCUGAAAAUCCUGGCUCCGCCAUUGCUCCUACUCUUAGUGUAUCUGAGUCGGUCACUACAUAUGCAUGAGCAGUUAAAAUUAGAAUAACUACAACUCUUCUUUGGAAUUAUAACUUUUCACUUGUGUGCAAGUGAUCAUCAUCCUUCAUUAACCCACUGCUGAAUGAAGGCCUCCCUAAGCCACCACCAUCUCCCUCGAUCCUGCGAUGUAAUAAACCACCCCACAGCUCCAUACAAACUCAGCCACUCCUGGCUUGUUGACUAUUAGCAUAAAAGUGAUAUACCUGUAAUUGCUGGAAUGAAAAAAAAACUUCGUCAACAAAACAACGUCUGUUACUCAUUAGCCACUGAUAAAUAUUUGCAUGACCUCCCUGCAUGUGUUGAACAGAAGAGUAACCUCCAAAAGUGGACUUUGUCAUCAACCAAGGUAGCCAGCCUCCGCUGAGCUUUCCUGCUGCAGCUGCAUUAUAUAAUUAGUGAGUGCCUUUCACAGAAACAUGCUAUCACCCGCCUUCAUUCGCCGGCAUUUUCUGAUGCACCGAGUCGAGUCGGCUCAUGCUGCAACUGAGCACCGCACGCUGCCGCCGCCGCCGCUUCUGCUGCUGCUGCCUACAUGCCUAUCAAUGUCGACGAGUUUCUCACCCUCAUUGGACAACUGGGCGCGUUCCAGAGGAGGAUCCUGCUCAAACUUUCCGCCAAUGUCACCAUCACCGCGUUCGUGUUCUUCUUGGACUGCUUCAGCGGCGCGCUAUUCCCGUGCGUGCGGUCGCCGCCACACGGACACGAUGCGUCGGGCGGCAACCGCUCCGCUGGACGAGAGCUCGCGGCGUUCGGCGGCGGCGGCGGCGGGGAACGCCGCCGCAACGCCUGCGAGCCGCGUGCCGCCGCCGCCACGGUGGAGGCCGUCCUGUCGGUGAACGCGUCCGGGGUCGAGCUUGGAUUGACCGCUGGCUGCUGCGGUGGAGUGAGCGAAGCGUACAGCCUCCAAGACUUUAAGUUUUAUACACAAACCACGUUCAUGGUCGGGCUACUCGUCGGUUCCAUAGCCAUGGGCAUUGCAUCAGACAGGUACGGCCGCCGGCCAGUGCUGCUCGGCUGUGUCGCGUCUCAGGGAGCAGCCGAGUUCGUGAUCGCAUUCCUUCCAAACUUUCCGACCUACCUCCUUGGGCGGCUCCUCACUGGAACCACCGCCAGUGGCAUAAUGCUCUGCUCGUUCAGUUUAGGCGUGGAGUGGUGUGGCCCCGCACUCCGGGCCUGGCCGCCGAUCAUCCUGGCGUUGGCCUUCAGCGUGGGCAUGAUGGCCCUGGCUGGAGUGGCUAAGAUCAGCCAGAAUUGGCCACAACUCCACCUUGCCACUGGGGUGCCCCAACUCAUGGUUCUGCUUCUCUUCUGGUCACUGCCAGAGUCUCCUCGAUGGCUCUUUUUAAAAAAACGCACAACGGAGGCCAGAAAUCUGCUGCGGCAGGCGUCAAUAAUCAACCGGAGGUCUGAGGAGAAGGUGCUGCACGCCCUGGAACUCGUCGAUGUUGAAGAGACGUUUACGAACAGGAGAGGAGCUAACGAAUCCACACUGCUCAUAACGUUCCGAAAUCGCACGUUGCGCAAGAGGCUGCUGAUAAUGUCGUACAUUUGCGCCGCCGUGUCGAUGACGUACUACGGCCUGUGCCUGAGCGUCGGCGACUUUGGCCUCGACAUUCACAUGGCACAGUUCCUGUCGGGCCUGGCCGAGAUCCCGCAGCUGCUACUGCCCCCGCUCAUGCGUCGCGUCGGCCGCCGUUCCCUCUGCAUCGUCUUCCUCUCCGUGGCAGGCGCCACCUGCUUGCUGUGCCUGCCGCUGCAGCCCAACCCAGAGUUGGCGAACGUCGUGGUGGCAUUGGCGCUGCUGGGAAAGCUGUGCGCCCAGGUCACGGCGUGCGUCGCUACCCUCUACAGGAUCGAGCUCUUCCCCACCAACGUCAGGCAGAACGCGCUGGGAGCGGUGGCCAUGUGCGGCAGCGUGGGCAGCCUUCUGGCGCCCCUGGUGAACCGGGCGGCGCUCGUGCUGGGCGUCUCGGCCCUCUCCGUGCACGGCUGCCUGCCGCUGGCGGGGGCAGCGCUGGCGCUGCUGCUGCCCGAGACGAGGCGCGCGCCUUUCCCCGACUCCGUGGAGGAGUGCGAGCGGCAGCCCUCGCUGCCGCUGCCCUGUGCCGUGGGCCUCUUCAGGACCGGCGACUUAACAAAAACCUCCCAAGCGGCAACUGACGGUGCUGACGAGAAAGAGGAGGAAGAGGACGCCACCACUUCUCUCAGAGGCCGCGGCGGAGGCGUGCGGAUGGAGUCGUUGGCGGCGGAGGCUGCAGCAGCAGCAGCAGCAGCGCCGCCACCGUGAGCCUUGAAGAGGAUCAACACUGUUCAAAGGAGAACAUAACGUAACACAUUGAGAACUCCCAAGCUCAAGGCGUGAUCCGUGACCAUUGCGAGCCAUUGGCGGGGUCUUCCCACGUCACCUUACACCACGGCACUGCGUGUGCACUGCACACAAUCUGAUUGCGGACCAGCAGCUCUGAAGCAGAGCGACAUCUGUUUAAACCAGCUGUGCACCACUGUAAUCCUUGUUCAGAAUCAUCAGAGCAGUAUCGCCAUCGUUGCCCUACUGCAACUGCCUUGUAGCUCGAGAUUAUACAUUACCAUCCGGGCAUUAUUACCCUUACCGUGAUUCCAGCCUGCACGAACUUUUUUUCAAAGUGAUGCAGAUUGUUCACGAUUGUCUGAUCGCCACACCUGAAGAUUGACAAGUCGACGUCCGGUCGCCUUGUUACGACAUCUGCUGCGCUGUCAUCCACAGUGCUACGAUUUGUGCGUGGUUCCGGUGUCCACACGAACCUUCAUGCCCCCGAUGAAUUGGUGCAUCCCACACGCACCGAGAUGGCCUCCAGCAGUGGCGUGGCCAUCUACCCGAAACCCCUUGCUGGUCACUCUCUGCUCAUAAUAAAGGUUUUUGGGUUAGAUCGCAUAAGUUGACACGUGUUGUAACGCUCCACCACCCGACACAGCCAAUCAGGAAGGGAUUUGUCACGCAAACAACACGCCAAUUAGUUACUACUUCAGCCCACCGGUGUGUUGGAGAGUAAAUCCACAACAUUUACAAUUUGAGUAGUACGACGUUUCGCUGGUAAUUACAUCAUCCAGCAUUAUCGGGCGAUUUGCUAGAGCAGUAAAGCCAUCCAUCUGCUUCCGGUCGUAUUUGUCACUGCGCACGUACACCUGUGCACGUGACACUCGUGCACCCACACACACAAAUAACCCCUACACCCAUACACACGAAUACCCCUGCACCCACACACACGAAUACCCAUGCACCCACACACACGAAUACCCAUGCACCCAUACACACGGAUACACAUGCACCCAUACACACGAAUACCCAUGCACCCACACACACGAAUACCCCUACACCCAUACACAUGAAUACCUCUGCACCCACACACACGAAUACCCAUGCACCCACACACACGACUACCCAUGCACCCAUACACACGAAUACCCAUGCACCCACACACACGAAUACCCAUGCACCCAUACACACGAAUACCCCUGCACCCACACACACAA